UCAGAAGGACAAUCUGAAAUCACAUGUUAACACACCUGAUGGGAAAACAUCCACACACACAAAUAGUGUGUGAAGAUGCUAAUGCUAACCACUGAUGGGAAGUACUGGUGCCUGCACCUUCUUAUUUACAUAGUAAAACUUUCUAAAGGCAAAUACCUGGGGUGGGGUCUGGGGAGGAGGGCUGAAGAGUGGCAGGUACACCUUACAGGUUGUACAACUGAAAAAACAGAACAUAUUUUUGUUUUUAGGGAAAUGCCAAGAAAAGAGGAAGACCUCAGAGAAGAUACAUGAAUGCAGGUGGACAUGCAGAGGUUGGUGUGACAGACGAUGAACUAUAGUGAUCCUUAGAGAUAAGAUAUUUUCAUCUUACUUCGCACGAAGAUGAAAGAUUUGAACCUAUAACUUACCAAGAAAUAUCAAGACUUGCAUGUUUACAGUCAGAGACAAGAAACAAGGAAGAGACAAGGAUGGAAAAGGUUUUUCUGUUCAUCAUAGCUGCAGCAGGGCUGUGUUCAGGCUCCUCAUAUGUUAAGCGUCAGUACCAUUUUGUUUAUGACUGGAAGAGCUGGACUGAUGCUCUGAGUUACUGCAGAGAGAGAUACACAGACCUGGCCACCUUAGAAAACAUGGAGGAUGUGAGGAUCCUGCAGAGCAUGGCAGACUCGAGUAAAAUGAACUACGCACAAUACCAAAAUCGAGCCUGGAUUGGGAUGUAUGGUGACAUUAACGGCUGGAGGUGGUCGAUGCCAGACACAGAUUUCUACAAAAAUGAUGAGGCUACGUUCAGAAACUGGGAGCCUGGACAACCGGACAACUGGUUAGGGAACGAACACUGUGCUAAGUUACAUGAGACUGGAUUAUGGAAUAAUGACAAAUGUGGCAGUAAAUUUAACGCCAUUUGUUCUGAUGUCACAGGACUGAACGUGACAUUUGUCUUCAUCAACAAUUUCAUGACAUGGACGGAGGCUCAGAGCUACUGCAGAGCCCAUCACACAGACCUGGCCAGUGUGAGAAACAUGUCUGAGAACCAGAGAGUAACAGAAGUGGUACCUGCAGGGCAAUCCGCCUGGAUCGGCCUUUUCAGAGACUCCUGGAAGUGGACAGAUGGUAGUAACUCCACGUUUAGAAACUGGAACCCAACUCAACCUGAUUUAAGCACAGGGAGUAAGGUUUGUGCGGCAAUACUCUUUCCAUCUGGAGUAUGGGAGGACUGGAACUGUGAUCGAAAAACAGCAUUUAUCUGCUACAGGGCGCCUACCUACAAGCAAGUGGUGAGAUUGAGGCUGGAGAAAAACAGUCUGGAUCUGAAUGACGAUGAUGUGAUGGAUGCCAUGCUGAAACAGCUCAAACAGACGCUGAAGGACCAGGGAGUCGCUGGAGAUCUCGCACUGAGCUGGAGGAAGCAGCCAGAAGGAGAAGUCUUCCACAAGGAUGAAGAAGGAAACAUGGAAACGAAACCAUCUGUAUAAGACAAGCUUUACCAAUUUUGGUUAUGAAACAUUUCUUUCUGCUUUGUCCUUUUAAAAAAGAUUAUUCUUUAGUUCUCUAAUUUGUGUAAACUCUACUUUCUUAUUUAAAAUGAAACGGUCACUGCUAAAUAAAGAAUAAGCAGGACUUUGAGCAACAUGUUUUUGAGGUGUUGGUGAAAGAAGCCUGGACUUCUGUUUCUGUGAAUAUAAAAAAGAACAUUAAGAUUUUAUAUGAAAUCAUAAUAAUAAUAAAACGAAUACAGA